GAGGACCCUCGGGCGCGCGGCCGCGGGCGGGGCGCACGGGCGGGGCCUGGAGCCGCCCCCGCCCCGCCCCCGCGCUUCCUCCUCUUUCACUUUCGCUUCCGCCACGAGCGGGUCCCGCCGCCGCCGAGCAUGGACGAUCCGGACUGCGACUCCACCUGGGAGGACGAUGAGGACGCGGAGGACGGCGAGGACGGCCUGGCGGGGGACGCGGGCGACGCGGAGGACGAGGACGGGGGCGCGGACGCGGAGGGGACGCGGGCGGCGCGGCCCGGCGCGCUCCAGUCCAGGAUGACAGGGUCCCGCAACUGGCGAGCCAUGCAGGACAUGUGCAGGUACCGGCACCACUACCCGGAUUUGGUAGAUGGAGACUGCAAUGGUGACAUGGCCAACCUAAGUUUCUACAAAAAUGAGAUCUGCUUCCAGCCAAAUGGGUGUUUCAUUGAAGACAUUCUUCAGCACUGGAAGGAUAACUAUGACGUUCUUGAGGACAAUCACUCCUACAUCCAGUGGCUCUUUCCUCUGCGGGAGCCAGGAGUAAACUGGCAUGCCAAGCCCCUCACACUCAGGGAGGUGGAGGCGUUCAAAAGCUCCACGGAGGUCAGAGAGCGACUUGUCCGGGCCUAUGAGCUCAUGCUAGGCUUCUACGGGAUCCGACUGGAGGACCAGGACACAGGUGCGGUGAGCCGAGCACAGAACUACCAGCAGCGCUUCAGGAAUCUGAACUGUCACAGCCACAACAACCUGCGCAUCACACGUAUCCUGAAGUCACUGGGCGAGCUCGGCCUAGACCACUACCAGGCGCCUCUGGCACGCUUCUUCUUGGAGGAGACCCUGGUGCGGGGCGAGCUGCUCGGUGUGCGUCAGAGCGCCCUGGACUACUUCCUGUUUGCAGUGCGCUCCCGGCACCAGCGCCGGGAGCUUGUGCACUUCGCGUGGGAGCACUUCCAGCCCCGCAGCAAGUUCGUCUGGGGGCCCCACGACAAGCUGCGGAGGUUCACGCCCCACGCCAUGCCCCGGCCACUGGGGGGCUCUGAGCAGGUAGAAGGGGAUGAGGCCCCCAGGGACCCCCUCCAGGACACCCAGGGUCAGAUCUGUGGGCCUGAGAAGGACCCACGUGGGGACAGUGUGGUGGCCAAGGGUCCCCAGUUGCUGAGUGCAGAGCACCAGGAUGCAGGGUCCCUGGUAGAGCACCAGGAGGAUGAGGCUGAGCCCCUGAGCGCCAAAGAAAGCAAGAAGAGGAAGUUGGAGGGAAACAAGCGGGAGCAGGCCCCAGGAGAGCUGGGCACCGAGGGCACCUCAGAGGUGGAGAAGAUUGCUCUGAACCUGGAGGGCUGUGCCCUCAGCCCAUGCAGCCAGGAUUCUGGGGAGGCUGAACAGCCCUGCCCCCCACCCCCAGGGGCUGGAGUGUCAGAUGAAGUGAGGAAGAGGAGGAAGGUGGAGGAGGGUACCAGGGACACAGAGGCAGCCAAUGACAGCCCCCAGAUGUCAGCCCCUGCUCUGUCCUCUGCCCCAUCAGCGAGCCCUGAGGCCCAAAAGGGCGGGGAUGGGCAAAAGGAGGACCCAGAAAAUCCCAAUGGAGUAGAGGAGGACACAGAAAGUCCCAAUGGAAUAGAGGAGGACACAGAAAGUCCCAGUGGAGUAGAGGAGGACACAGAAAGUCCCAAUGGAGUAGAGGAGGACACAGAAAGUCCCAAUGGAGUAGAGGAGGACACAGAAAGUCCCAAUGGAGUAGAGGAGGAUGUAGAAAGUCCCAAUGGAGUAGAGGAGGACCCGGAAAGUCCCAAUGGAGUAGAGGACUCAGAAAGCCAGGUGGGGCCAGAGCAGGUUGCCCCUGAUAGCCCAUUGGAAGACCAUAGCCCUGAUGUCACAGAAAGCUCAGUGGAUGAGUCUGGGGAGGCAGCAGAGCCAGGGUCUUCUGCCAAACCCAGCAAGCCUUAGUUAGGGUGAGUUUGCUGGCCCUGCCCAGCCUGCUGCAUGGGGACCUGGUCCUGGAGCCCUGUGACUGGCUCUCCUCGGUGCCCAGCAGUGUUGGCCUCUCCCUGGUGGUCACUGCAGUGGCCACCAGAAGGACCGAGGCCCUGCCCUCAGGGAAGGCCGAGGCCUUCAGAACCCUCCUUACCUCACUGCAUCCCCCGCUGCCCUCUGAGCCCAUGUUUGUGAAUAGAUCCUUAAGGGUCUGGGGGAGGGGGUCUUUUCUUAGUCUGGUGCCAAGUGAGGCCUUUUCUGAAUAAACUCAUUUGACUUUGUCUUUUUGGUGUGGACCAAGGUCCUGUUUGGUGACCUGUGAGCUGGUUUUAUAACUGAUACUUCUCUCUAGACUUUCCUCUGUACCUAGGUUCACAGUGGCCUUGCUGGUACCAAGCCAUGUGGCUAUCCCAGCCAAGUGCUUGUCAGGGCAGAGCAGUGGCACAGCCACUGUGGGAGAAAUGGUCCCCAGGUGCAGGCACCUCACCCCCAAGCCUGCUCAGUCCUGAACAUGUAGCCUCCCUGAGCUCCUAAGGGGUAGACUGUUGGCCCCUUGACUGCCUUAAGUCACCUUCCCAAAAGUCAGUCUGGCAACUGGUGGUGCACUGCCCCCUUGGGUGGGCUUGGGGCAGUGUUUGGGGUGCUGCACAUCUAGGCCAGCAUCUUUCCAUCUCCCCUGACUUGGGGUGUGGUGACAUUCCUCAGGGCAAGCUCAGC